AUGACUGAAAUUAUGAUCUAUUCAAGUGGAAGUUUGUUUUGUGUGGGAGAUGGUAACAGUGACCACUACUGUUGGCAAAGGCCAGAGGAUAUGACCACCGACCGUCAUGCUUACAAGAUUGACCCUAACCCAGGGUCGGAUCUCGCCGGUGAAACCGCAGCAGCCAUGGCUGCGGCCUCAAUCGUCUUCCGCCGCUCAAACCCUGCAUAUUCCAGUGAGCUUCUUCGCCACGCCUACCAGUGUUCGGCGCAUAAUUUGAUUCAUGGUAUCACUUUGACCUGUCCAUCACGGGUAAUUGUAAUUAUGACCGUACAGAUAAAUCGUACUAGCAGAUCUUAUUCGUUUCUCACGCGCCAACUAUUCGAAUUUGCUGAUAAAUACAGAGGCAAAUAUGACAGCAGCAUCACAGUUGCCCAAAAAUACUACCGAUCCGUCAGUGGCUACAACGACGAGUUGUUGUGGGCCGCUGCAUGGCUUUACCAAGCUAGUAACAACCAGCACUACUUGAACUAUCUUGGAAACAAUGGUGACUCUAUGGGUGGAACCGGCUGGGCCAUGACUGAGUUUGGUUGGGACGUCAAGUACGCUGGGGUUCAGACCCUUGUCGCCAAGUUCUUAAUGCAAGGUAAAGCUGGUCUCCAUGCACCAGUAUUUGAGAGGUACCAUGAGAAGGCAGAGUACUUCAUGUGUUCAUUGAUUGGAAAGGGUAGCCGUAAUGUCCAGAAGACUCCUGGUGGUUUGAUUUUCCGACAGAGAUGGAAUAACAUGCAAUUCGUAACUAGUGCCUCGUUCUUGGCCAUUGUGUACUCCGACUAUCUCACGUCCUCUAGCGGAAGCUUUAAGUGUGCUGCUGGCAAUGUUGCACCAUCCGAGCUUCUUUCUUUUGCAAAAUCUCAGGUGGAUUACCUUCUUGGAGACAAUCCAAGAGCUACAAGUUACAUGGUUGGUUAUGGGAACAAUUACCCACGACAAGUUCACCACCGGGGUUCUUCAAUUGUUUCAAUCAAGGUUGACCCUAAAUUUGUUGCCUGCCGGCAAGGUUAUGCCACUUGGUAUUCAAGGAAAGCAAAUGAUCCUAAUGUCCUCACUGGUGCCUUGGUUGGAGGGCCUGAUGCAUACGAUAAUUUUGCUGAUGAAAGGGAGAAUUAUGAACAAACAGAACCUGCUACCUAUAACAAUGCUCCCCUUCUUGGCAUAUUGGCUAGACUAGGUGGUGGACAUGGUGGUUAUAACCAGCUCCUUCCUGGUAUGUAUAGCCUGUAUACCCAUUUAAGUCGUAUGGUUUUAACUUUUUCUUUCACGCGUAUUCCAUCAAUCAGGAUGAUCAUGAUAUUGGCUUUUCCUGCAGUGGUUGUCCCAGCUCCUAAUCCUGCUAUUAAAUGUCAGGAUCUGACUCGGGAAUUUUGUUUUACAGCCUCAUCUUCUAGUCCAAUUACCAUAGAGCAGAAGAUGACAACUUCCUGGAAUGACAAGGGAAAAACUUACUACAGAUAUUCCAUAGUAGUGACCAACAAGUCUAACAAGACUGUGAAGGAUCUCAAGCUUUCUAUAUCAAAGCUUUAUGGUCCUCUAUGGGGACUCACUAAGUCUGGCAAUUCUUAUGGUUUCCCAACAUGGCUCAGUGCUCUACCAGCUGGAAAGAGUCUUGAGUUUGUAUACAUCCAUUCUGCUUCUCCUGCUGAUGUCUCAGUUUCAAGCUACAAUUUGGCUUAA